AGUGGAGGAGUCCACAUCAAGUAAUCUCCUGACUGAGACUUUGAACCUGCAACCAUCAUUUGCAAUUCGUCAGAUUCUUCAAGGCACUACUCAGGGGAAAGAAAUAGUACAGAGUUUAGAAGAAAAGCGCUCCAUCAUCAGCAAGCAGAGAAAGCAACUUGUAAGACUACUUGUAUCUCACCUGCUGGAAACCAAUGGUGAAACGCCAUCCACAGACACAAAGAAAGCCCUUGCCGCGGCAUUGAUGUAUGAAUUCCCUUGCCUUUUGGAUGGUACAGGCAGUGGCUAUGGAGCUUGGUACACACCUGGCCGAAAUCACAAACCUGCUACAGGUUUCCUGGAGGAGCGCUUGAGGAACGUCAGGAAGCGCAUGAGAAUGCUGAAACGACCACGCCACCAAGAACAACAGGAGGAACAGACACCUAGUACACCAGAAUCUGAUGUGCCUCCUGAAACACUUCUAGAAAUGGUUGAAUGGAUGAAGGUCAAUAGGUAUCCAGUGUCCCAAGUUGAGGACUACAUGAAUCAAACAGCUCUACAGAGAGGCAAGUGGAUUCGCAGCAAUGGAUCUAAAAGCCUCCCGGAAAUGUUGACUGAGUUCCCUAGGCUUGUAGACAAUCCUGGCAUGGAGGGACGCCAGAGCCAAGUGCAGGCCGAGCAGACCGCCUUCUGCCGCCGCAGGCAGGAUCAAACUCUCGGUCCGGCAGCUUCCCCGGUGAUGGGCUCCGUGUAACAAGUCCCCUCAGUCUGUG